CCCCCCACGCCUCCCCCCUCGCUCUGUAAACCGGUGGUCAGAGGGGAAGCGGUGCGCGAUGGGAGGGCAGCUCGGAUGCCUGAGGAUACGCGCGCGGAACGCUCCGUGCCAUUGCGCGCGACAUCCCCACUGCGCGCGGAGCUCGGCGCGCGGGAGCAGCGAUGGCCGCGCUCAUCACUUGCCUGUUUGUUUUUGCGGAGUUCCUUCUGCACCUUAAAGUCACGCACUGCGAGGAAGUGGAUUCCUGCAUCCCGGCUCGCGUGGGUCAUCACGCGUUCCGCUUCAGCGCAUUCGAGCGGGUGCUCCACCUCCGCCUCGCGCCGGACUCCAGCUUCCUCGCGCUGCCAGGCGCCGCGGACCUGCGGGAGUGCUUCUUCUCCGGUACCGUGAACGCGGAUCCGGACUCCUUCGCCGCGCUCAGCCUGUGUGAGGGUCUCCGGGGGGGGUUCUCCUACGACGGCAUGGAGUAUUUCAUUCGCCCCACCGACACCGCAGACGCUGAACAUCGGAACUCGUUCAACAGGACGCACGUCAUCCACCGCUGGACACGCGCUGCGCACUCCGGCGCGAACCACACCAGCAGGUGCGCCGUCACACCUGACGCAAACUUCAACGGGUCCUUUGAGAACCGCGAGCACCUUGAUGGCUUGGCUGCAACUGUGGUAAAAAACCUGGGCAGGUCGAAGAGGUUCGCCUCCAUCCCCAGGUUUGUGGAGGUGCUGGUGGUGGCGGAUGAAUCUAUGGCUGCGUUCCACGGGGGCGACCUGAAGCAUUACCUCAUGACCCUGAUGGCUGUGGCGGCCAGGCUUUACAAGCACCCCAGCAUCCUCAACUCCAUAAACGUGGUGGUGGUGGACUUCAUGGUGAUAAACGAGGCUGACAAGGGGCCAAAGAUCUCCAGCAACGCGGCACUGACGCUGCGCAACUUCUGCUCCUGGCAGAAGAAGCUGAACAAACACAACGACAAGCACCCCGAGUACUGGGACACCGCCAUACUGUUCACCAAGCAGGAUCUCUGCGGGGCCACGACCUGCGACACGCUCGGGAUGGCCGACGUCGGCACCAUGUGCGACCCGAAGAGGAGCUGCUCCGUCAUCGAGGACGACGGCCUGCCCUCCGCCUUCACCGCGGCGCACGAACUCGGCCACGUCUUCAACAUGCCCCACGACAAUGUGAAGGCAUGUGAGGAGGUAUUUGGGAAGCUGAAGGACAACCACAUGAUGUCUCCCACGCUGAUUCAAAUCGACAGGAGCCGGCCCUGGUCCGCGUGCAGCGCCGCCAUCAUUACCCAGUUCCUGGACAGGGGUCAUGGAGAUUGUCUGCUGGACCAGCCUCAGAAGCAGCUGUCCUUCUCAGACCACAUGCCCGGUUCCAGCUACAGUCUACACCGCCAGUGCGAGCUGGCCUUCGGCCCCGGCUCCAAGCCCUGCCCGUACAUGCAGCCCUGCACCAAGCUGUGGUGCACCGGAAAGGCCCGCGGCCAGCUGGUGUGCCAAACCCGACACUUCCCCUGGGCAGACGGCACCAGCUGUGGCCACGGGAAGGUCUGCUACCGAGGAGCCUGCACGGACAAGAACAACACCGUGCACGUCAAGGUGGAUGGCCGGUGGGGGAAGUGGGGAGCAUUCGGAAGUUGUUCCCGGAGUUGUGGUGGAGGAGUUCAGCUGGCCAGUAGGCAGUGUGACAACCCCGUUCCUCAGAAUGGAGGAAGAUACUGCUACGGCCUUCGCAUCAAGUAUUGCUCCUGUAACCUCAACACUUGCCCUAAAAAAGGUAAGAGCUUCCGCGAGGAGCAGUGUGAAGCGUUCAAUGGUUUGAGCCUGAACACCAACAGACUGGGCUCCACUGUGGCUUGGGUUCCUAAAUACUCGGGCAUCUCCCCGAAGGACAAAUGUAAGCUUAUCUGCCGCGCCAACGGGACCGGGUACUUCUACGUCCUGGCUCCAAAGGUUGUGGAUGGAACGCUCUGCUCUCCUGACACCUCGGCCGUAUGCGUUCAAGGGAAAUGCAUCAAGGCGGGCUGCGAUGGCAAGCUGGACUCCAGCAGGAAGUUUGACAAGUGCGGUGUCUGCGGCGGAGACAAUCAGGGCUGUAAGAAGGUCUCGGGAAUGUUCACCAAACCUGUUCAUGGCUACAACUUCGUAGCGACGCUGCCCGUCGGGGCUUCCAACAUCGACGUCCGUCAGCGCGGCUACCGGGGGAUGGUCAGCGACGAGAACUACUUGGCGGUCAAGAACCGCCACGGCAAGUACCUGCUGAACGGAAACUACGUGGUGUCGGCCGUGGAGCGCGACCUGCUGGUUAAAGGCGCCCUGCUGCGUUACAGCGGCACCUCCUCCGCGGUGGAGAUCCUCCAGUCCACCCGGCCGCUGCAGGAGGCUCUGACCGUGGAGGUGCUGUCCGUGGGGAAGAUGACUCCUCCCAGGGUUCGAUACUCCUUCUACAUCGCCAAGGACAGCAAGGAGGACAAGACCCUGCGCAAGGAGGAUAAGAGCCACGCGGCGCACAACAGCGUCCUGGCGGACAGCAACCAGGUCGAGGCCGAGGAGCUGAUGGCGUCCAAAAGGCCGGUCAGCCACUGGGUGACGGGCAGUUGGGACCCCUGCACCGUCACCUGCGGGAGCGGUCUGCAGAAGAGGCCGGUGCACUGCCAGAGCACCGAGGGGCGUCCGGCGGCGGACUGUAGCGCCGCCGACAGGCCCGCGUCGGCAAGGGCAUGCGGCGAUCCGUGUCCCGCGUGGGACGCCGGCGGAUGGUCCCAGUGCUCCAAGUCCUGCGGGAGGGGCUUCAAAAGGCGGCCGGUGCGCUGCAUGACGGAGAACGGCCCGAGUCUACCCAGGGACCACUGCUCCGGGAGGAGGAAGCCUCAGGAGCUGGACCUCUGCAAUCUGAAGCCAUGUUAGAGCAGAACAGACACAAGCCCGGGACCUAUUACUGUCACAUGGACGAUCUGAUGGCAGCGCUCGUGCCGAUGAUCAUCUCCCUGCCAUGUUGGGGUGGGAGGUUUCCUCCCCCGCUGCCCCCUCCCCCCCCCGCUACAUCGAUGGAAAGCCAACCGAGACAAAGGGGUCUCCCUCUGAUGUUUGAACGGCUGAAAGUCGUCUUCUUGUAAACUGUCCAACAAUCUGCCUCGGGGGUUUCUACUCCGUCGGCCCACCUCCCCCAGAACGGAUGUCUGCGCAUGUACAGUCAGUCACGCAGGGGGAGGACGUCGUGACGUCGGCACACUGGCGUUUACUGCUACCGUGGCGUGGGAUGAACUGAGAGUUCAAAGGGGGGAGGGGGAGCGAGGUAUGACCUCACAUCCUGCCGUGGACAUUUCCUCCAAUGAAGAACUACUCACGAUGUGAAACGCAGUCCUGCUGGUGUAGAAUAAUCAAAGAACCAAUCUCUCAUUGGUCCGUUGGGUCUCUGUAACGUAACCACGGUAACGUCUCCGCCGGCGGCGAGCCGUUUGCUGGCUUGUUGAGACUCGUGUGAUGAAUCAAACGAACCUGUUUGACUAUAGAGGCAAAAACAAAGAGGACAAGUCAUGAUUUAAAAAACAUCCUGUUCCUCUACGUUCUGGGAUGGAUCAAUAUCGAUAUGGAUACGUAUAUAUUUGAAAGAUAAUCCAUGAGAAAACUUAAGUAUUUCUGUAUGUUUACAUUCGUUUUCAAAUUUAGAAACCUGUAAUUGUGCGUUUUUUUGUCACAAUGGAGACAAAUCUGGUGUAGAUUUAGCUAACGCUGGUAUACUGAAAUAAUGUAGGAGUGACAUUUGAGUAUCAUUUCAUCGUUUCAGAAGUAAACUUUCCAAAUGCUUUUAUGAAUGACAUCAGCUAAACGUGGAACCAAGCUGUUACCUAGCAAUGCAAUUUAGUUUUACAGGUAUAAAAUAAUGUUAUGGAGUUUCUUUUUUUAUAUUUCAUUCAUCAGUGAGAGACAAGAGUCUUAAGAGAAUCCUUCAAAUCUUCACAAUUAAAAAAACAUGUUUAGGGACAAAUAGACAACGGCACAGAGAUCAUUAAAAAUAAUACAAAUAAGAUACAUUUCUUUUAUUUUCAGCAUUGGGGAUGUGUAGUAAAAUGAGGCUGUACAAAAAUAGGAAGAAUAAAUGAAAUCCAUUUAAUGAAAGUAAUAAUCUACAGAGGAAUCGAUUGUUCCUCAGUCAGCCUUCCAUGUAAAGGAAUUCUUUACUCUCAAGAGUAUAAAUAUUCUAGAUAUUCAGGGAAUGUAGCUUGGUUUGUUCUGUGUAAAAACCAAAGAGUUACAAACUUUAAGGAAGCUUAACUUUAGUUGACUUGUUUCUGAAAGAUGAAACCAAAAAGGGAGACAUUCAAAUGUGAUGUUUUUCUGGUUUCCUGAUCCCCUUCUGAUUAUUAUUAAACGUGAACACAAUGAAUGAAUGAAUGAAUGAACGAAUAAGCAGUUCAAAGACAGAAAGGAAAAACAAAGCGCAGUCAUAAAUACCAAAAGUAAGUCUGCGUAGAGUUGAACGAGGCAUCACAAUAAUGGAGGCUUCAUAUUGCAAAAUCACUUUAAUCAUUAAAAGAAGUAAAUGUUUGUAGCGUUUCCUGCGACCUCACAGGCGUUAAGCUGCAGACACUUUUAUCCACAUCGUUCAUUUACAGGUUUUUCUGUAGUCAUCUUUCUUUAGCUGUUUGAGGAUGAAACUCAUUUGAGGGGAAAUCAACACGGACUCCUGAAAGACCUGAACGCAAAAUGGGUUGUUUUCAUCCCAUGAAUUACUGUUGCUGCACAUAGUUAAUCAGAACAUCAGCAGUCUGUCGGCUCAUUUGACAUGUUUACCAAAUUCACUGCAAGAAAAUAAUUCCACAUCUACUGAGAUCCAAACCUUCAGACACUUCCAAUUUCACGCUUGGAGGCACCGACAUUUCAGAAUAGCAUAAAACUAUUUGUGUUGAGUAUCUGGUCCUUUUUAGGAGGAAAAUACUCUCCGCUUCAGAGGAACUAUUCAUUGUUUCUUCUUCUCUUUUUCAUAUAAUGCACAGUUGAUGUCUUUUCAUAUCAGUUGUGUUUUGAAUUGUAUACUAUGUAUGCAUUUAUCUAGCUGUUUAAAAUAAAGUAUAUGUAUAUAAAGUAUA